AAAGGCCAAGCUGGCGACAGGAACGUGUCGGAGAUAUGUCCGCUUGUUUCCCCCUCACAUCGUCUCCCCCAUCCAUCUCGACGUCCCCGUCCAUAAUGCUCUUCCUCGAUCAUUCUGUCCGAUUUUCAUAGUAGUUCUUUCUCCAAGACAGGCUCCGUGUCGCAUGGCUGGCCAAGUCCGGAUUGUCCCUGUUCAGUUGAGCGCUUAAGCUCAUACUAUACUUGUACCAGACAACGUAUCCUCAAUAUCUACAAUUGUUCGACUCUACCAUGUCACAAGAACCGUGGACUGAGGUUUGCGCUCAAUGCGCCCAGCUCCUUUCCAGCGUUCCCCCAAAUAUUCUCCUUGCCGCUCUUAUCGCGACUCUGCUCGGGGCUUUCGUACUCGCUUACAUAGCGCUCUUUUUCGUCGCCCCUGUACCCCGAGAACCCUUUCCAGAAGAGAAGAAAUACCGAACACUGUCGACGGAUGGAUCAAUCACGGAACCCCAGCAAUUACCUUGCUGGCAAGAUUCCCUGUCCAAGCGCCCCAAUCGGACACCCGAUCAAUCAACUAUUGAAAAAGCCGACCUUUUUAUGUCCGUGGUGAUACCAGCCUACAAUGAGGAGAAACGGCUUGGGGGCAUGUUGGAAGAAGCUGUCAACUACUUAGAGCGGUCAUAUGGAACGCUACACAAUACUAUUGAUGAAAAUGGUAUUGCCAAAGAGGAAAAGACAAUUCGACAGCGGAAACCGGCCAAUGGGAAUAUGAACGGCCAUGCAGCGACAGGUCCUGGAACCGAGAAGGGCUGGGAGAUAAUCAUUGUAUCUGACGGGUCUAGGGAUAAAACUGAAGAGAUGGCGUUUAGUUUUGCCCGAGACCAUCAACUCUCACUGCACCCCAAAGGUUAUGCUGGUCCUUGGACCCCAGGCACUCAAGAGGGGGUUCACAUACCCCCAGGGACAAUUCGAGUCGUGACGCUGUCUGAGAACCGAGGAAAAGGAGGCGCCGUCACCCACGGCAUGAGACAUGUCCGGGGUCAAUAUGUGGUCUUUGCCGACGCCGACGGAGCUAGUGAUUUCCAGGAUCUUGGGAAACUUGUCACUGCUUGCCAGGACAUCGAGGACACCGAAGGCCGUGGGGUAGCGGUGGGCUCCCGAGCGCAUAUGGUUGGGAGUGAAGCUGUUGUUAAGCGGUCGAAGUUACGCAAUUUCCUGAUGCACUCUUUUCACUUAAUCUUAUGGCUUUUGACACCUGCCAAGACUGCUACCAUCAAAGAUACCCAAUGCGGCUUUAAAUUGUUCUCCCGAACAUCGCUGCCUUAUAUCAUCCCGUAUAUGCACUCGGAGGGAUGGAUUUUCGACGUGGAAAUGCUCAUGCUUGCUGAAUUCUCGGGAAUCCCAGUGGCGGAAGUUCCAGUUGGCUGGAGAGAAGUGACUGGAAGCAAGUUGAAUGUGAUUCGCGACAGCAUUGGAAUGGCCUGGGGACUGGCGGUCCUCCGAGCUGCAUGGUCCCUAGGCGUGUAUAGACGCGCAUGAGCUUCCCCAUCUAGAAGGAGUUAAGGAAAGAUAAAUGAUUUGUAUUUACUACGAUUACUACUUAUUUCGGCAUUUCCAAUUUCUACCAAGUCAUACCCCUGUGAAUGUUGGACAUCUACCUCCAUACACCGGUUUAGCAAGUGGCAAACUUGGCCUUACAGCAAUAAGAUUAGUUAAAAGAGACGAGAAACAAGUUGAAACGAGAACGGAUAAAC